AUGAAGAUUUAUACAAAGUUUCAUUUGAAUAAGGAAAAUGUUUUAGCUUCUGCAAUGCACCAUAAUAGGACAUGCGUUCUGAUAUGUCUGACGAAUGGGAUCAUUGAAUUAUGGGAUUACAGAAUGUCCGUACUUCUUCAAACGUUUACUGAUCAUAACGGUCCAGUAAGAAGUGUUGAUUUCCAUCCAACAAAGGAAAUAUUUGCAUCAUCAGGCGAUGACUCAACUGUAAAAAUUUGGUCUCUUAAUAAACCCAAGCCCAUAUACAUAUUAAGAGGACAUUUAGAUGCUGUUAGAACUGUGUUCUUUCACCCAAAGGAGCCAUGGCUCAUCUCAGCUUCAGAUGACCAAAGUAUACGAAUAUGGAAUUGGCAAAGUAGAAAAGAGAUAGCUUGCCUACUCGGACAUUCUGAUUAUGUUAUGUGUGCAAACUUUCAUCCAAGGGAUUAUCUUGUCGUAUCUGCCUCAUUGGACAGCACUGCUUGUGUUUGGGAUAUUUCAAAAUUACAAAAACAACAAUCUAAUCCGUUUUACAAUAAUCAUCAGGGAAACCUUACAGUACCUGUUAAGAAUAUUCUGAAAGAAAAUAUAUUUAGUGAUAUACCUCCAAAAUUUACAAUGGAUGAACAUAAAAAAUGUGUUAAUUGGGCAAGUUUUCAUCCUAGCCAAAAUUUAAUCGUGACAUGCAGCGAUGACAAUGAGGUUUUAACAUGGAAGUACACCAGCACUAAAAUAUCUUUAGCAAAUAGAUAUACGGGCCACACUGGACCAGUAACUUCAGUGGUGUUCCACCCUUUAGAAAAGUACAUAAUAUCAACAAGUAAGGACAGAUCAUUUCUAGUAUUUAGUUUAACUACACAUAACACAAUUAAGAAGUAUGGUAAGAACAAUAAAAGGUUCUGGCAUCUUUCAACAAUUUUAAACCGCAAUUUAUUAAGUGCUACUACUGAUUCUGGUGUAGUAAUUUUUAAGAUUAAUAAAGAUAGAAAAGUUUUCUCUAUCGAUCAAGAGAAAAUCCUUCUACUAAAUUCAUCAAAACAGGUUGAAUUUCGGGCUGGAAAGUAUGGUGCAACAUAUGGUAUGACAUUACCGUAUGCAUCAUUAAAAUCGUUAUGUGAGGAAGGAUCAUCAUUUAACGGUAUAUCAUACAAUACUUUACACCAUACAAUUUUAGUUAAUAAUACUAAAAACAUAUACUUUAAGAUAAGGUUGCCAGAAAAUACGUAUAGUGGAAUUGAACCAAAUAUAAUUAUUUCUGGAACUGGGACAAUGGCAAAAUUUGUUAAUAACGAUAGUUAUGUUGUUUAUGAUGAGAUUAAGAACCAAAUAUAUCUUUACUCCAUCCACGAUAAGCAGUUAGCACUAAUUAAAGUAAAUGGGGAUGACACUCUCAAAAAUAUAUUUGUUUUCAAUAGGGAUUUAUUUUUACUCUAUGAUUCAGGUAUCUGUCUCUAUAACCUGACAUCCAAACAAAUAAAAAUGAAUUUGGAUCUCGAAUGUGCAAAAGAAGUAAUAUUAUCGAAGAAUAAUAAAUACUUUGCUAUUCGAAAUAAAUACAGCAUUUCAAUCUUUGACACCAAUCUUAAAUUAAUCUCAUCAACUGAAGUAAAGACCAAAAUAAAAAGCUUUGCAUGGAACGAAGAUAAUAUUUUAGUAUUUUCAACACAAUCGCAUUUAUUGUUCAUGUUAUUGAAUGCCGAAACUGGUAUCAUUAAAACCAUAAAUGGUACAUUCUACGUCAUAGAAGUAAAUGGUAAUAAUGUUUUAUAUAUGGAUGGAACAGAUUUUUUCAGUGAAAUUGAGAUUGAUUUAACAGAAUGUUACUACAAAAAAUCCCUAUAUAAUAAUGAUAUCGCCUGUAUUAUGGAUACUGCAGAAAAUUCUAGGUUGGUGGGCAAAAAAAUCGUGGCAGAUACCAGUGAAGCUGGAUUCUCUAACGUAGCCAUCAAUUUUACCGAUGAUAGCGACUUAAAAUUCAAUUUGGCACUAAAAUCGAACAAUCUUCAAGUAGCACAUGAUAUGGCUGUGACAUUGGAUAAAAAAGAAUUAUGGUCGAAAUUAACGAGCCAUGCAAUAAUACAAGGGAAUACUGAGCUCACGGAAACAUGUUUGAGGAGGCAAGGAGAUUUAGAAAAGUUAUCCUUUUUGUAUCUAUUGUGUGGGUCAAAGUCAAAGUCAAAAGAACUAGAAAGCUAUGCAUAUGCGAAAAAUGAUCCAAGAUGCUUAUUCCAAUAUUCUAUAUAUUAUGAUUCUCCAAUGACAAGGAUAAAUUCAUUAAAUAUGUUAGGGUGUUAUGGCCUAUCAUAUUUAGUGGCAAAAGUGAAUGGAGAUUGUGAUAGAAUGAAAAAAAUCCUCCAGUCAGCAAAUAUUAAAGAAGAUGAUAUUGUUUGGCCAGAUAAUAAAAAUCUAACUGAUUCCUUAAUAAAGAAACCUCUCAAAAACGGUUUUAAAAAUUGGCCAUUAAAGCCUUCUACGGAAGGUGCAAAUGAGAAUUUUAUUACUAGAUAUUAG